AUGGCCUACUAUCAGACUCCCGCAUGGGCGAACACCGAUCAACCUCCACUGGACGCUACCACCCACAUCAUUCCCACCAACGCGCAGAUCCAAGAACUCGCGAGGCUCGACUCCCUUCUGCUCAAUACGCUCAAUCGUCUGCAUGACCACAUCGCCACGAUCCCGGAAGCGCCGCGUGAACGCAUCACCAAUGUGGUACAGGACACCCGGGGUGUCCUCGUACAUGCGCAGAAUCAAGUCUACGAUAUGACGAGGAAACUACACAGAAUGUUCAGAUAUCAUCCUUACUUUGACGUCACGGACAUCAUGAACUCUUCAAGAUCGCUAUCGGAGACAAAUCCCGAGUACAACACAUCACCGCACUCGCCUCCGGCUGUCCCUCAGAGCCAUUAUGCCCAAGCGCCAAGCCGCACAGUCACCUGGGACAGGAUUAUGGGACAUGGCGCGGGAUUCUUUCACUGGCCAGAAAGCCCAUCGCUCGCGUGGACACCGUCGCCCGCGAGACCUACUCCAUCGCCCCGUGGACCACCCCGUGUCUCACCCUCGCCACCGACAUUGGGUCCACCUCCUGUGGGCAGGGGCCGAGGCAAGGGCAAGAAACGCAGCUACGAUGAGGAUGAGGAGGAUGCUGAGGCGUAUACUCCGAGUGCAAAGCGCGCGCGGCUUGACCAAAGCACUGAGGAUGUUGUUAUCAGAGAACAGGCGGCGGCACAUGAGGUUGCAGGGAACUGGGUGGCGUCAAUGAGCUAUGGGGGUCCAUGCUAUGGGACUCGCUACUACUCUGGCACUGAGACCGCAUCUGCCUCUACGUCCGAGCUUACGACCUAUCGCCUCGUUUCGCCUGGUCCAGACGUGGACAGCACCUACCACGAGCGCCGCUCAUGCCCGACGUACGACGAUUAUCCGGAUUUGCCUCGGACCGUGCCGAAUACACCGGCGCCUAACCCUUCCUCGCCGACGUACAGCCCCCCCUCGCCCGUAUUCAACAAGGACUCGCCUCGCUACGCCCCGAGCCCACCUCGUCACGCUCCUACUUUGUCUUGCUACGACCCUACCACGCUUCCUCGCCGGCCUUACCCCUCUACUCUCCCGCCUCGUUUCACGUUUCCCUCGCCGACGGGCGCACCAGCGCCUGCGCCCAACCCGUACUUGCCUGCCGCUGAGCAAACCAUCAUCGAGUAUGGCACUCCCAUCCCGCCAGCAUGGUCACCUACGGUGCCAUACGCAGAGGUGGCGGCGGCGCAGAAGGUCAAGCGCGAGCCUUCUGCCGAGCUUGUCGUUGCGGGCCCCUCGAAGGAGAUACCCGCGCCGCGCCGUAGUCAGCGUACACGCCGUCCCGCGAAACCGCGCUCGUCGUACGGGGCAUAG